CUACAAAAGAUCUCCACUAUCUUAUCCAAGGGAAAGGAUGCUAAAAUCAUAGUAAUGGUAGGUGCAGGUAUAUCUGCUACAUCUGAUGGCGAGCCUUUGAUUCCCGACUUUAGAUCUCCUGGAACUGGUUUGUUUUACAACUUGAAAAAACUAGAUCUACCUUAUCCUGAAGCUGUCUUUGAUAUUGAAUUUUUCAGAGAAAACCCAAUGCCAUUUUUUACUCUCUGUAAAGCCUUGCAUCCAUCUUUGGUUAAUUUUAUUCCUACAAGGUUUCAUUUUUUUUUGAAAUUACUAAAUGACAAAACUAAUUUAAUUCGAAUUUUUACUCAAAAUAUUGAUUGUUUAGAAAGAAUAGCAGGAAUUCCAGAAGAAAAGAUUGUUGAAGCCCAUGGAUCUUUUGCUUCAAAUCACUGCAUUAAAUGUAAUAAAAAAUACGAUGAUUCUAACAUAAUUAUUGAUGCUGUUAACAAAAAACAACCACCUCUAUGCACUCAAACUGGUUGUGAUGGCUAUAUAAAACCUUCCAUUGUCUUUUAUGGUGAAUCUUUGCCUGAAAGGUUUCAUACUUGCGCUGAUUCUGAUUUUGAUCAAGAUAUUGAUUUGGCAAUAGUUGCUGGGACAUCCUUAGCUGUUUAUCCCUUUGCAAAUUUAGCUUCAGAAGUUAGCAAAUCUUGUCAAAGAGUAUUAAUUAAUAACGAAAAAGUUGGAGCUUUCAAAUCACAUCCAAGGAAAAAAGAUAUACUAUCAAUUGGUGAUUGUGAUAAAAUUGCUGAUUCUCUUGCAGCUUUAUGUGGUUGGAAAAAUGAAUUAGAUGAACUAAUCUUAAAUGCUCAUACUUCUUUGAAUAAACAAAAG